AUGAUCAGAGAGAAGAUGAAGGUUUCUCAGAGUCGUCAGAAGAGUUACCAUGACAAGAAAAGGAAAGCGCUUGAGUUUAAGGUGGAUGAUCAUGUGUUUUUAAGAGUUACUCCGAUUUCCAAGAAAGUAGGUGAUGUGGCUUAUCGGAUUACGUUGCCGCCGUCAGUUGCUAAUCUCCAUGAUGUGUUUCACGUGUCUCAAUUGAGGAGAUACAUUGCGGAUCCUUCGUAUGUUCUCCAAUUAGAUGAUGUUGAGGUUAGAGAUAAUUUAUACGUGGAGAUAUUACCUAUGCGGAUAGAAGAUAGAGAGGUGAAACAACUCCGUGGUAAAGAGAUCGCUUUGGUGAAAGUUGCUUGGGGAGGACCGGCUGGUGGAAAUGUGACGUGGGAGCUUGAGAGUCAGAUGAGGGAUUCAUAUCCCGAGUUGUUUGCUUGA